AUGGCAGACCGAACAGAAAAGCAAGCCGCCGCCCAACAAGCGGUCGACAUUCUCCACGAGAUAUCCACUCUUUUGAACUGCCACCUCGACCGCCGAACCCUCUCCAUAUGCAUCUCCAUGAUCGAAAACGGGGUCAACCCCGAGGCGCUGGCUGCAAGAGGUAGUCAAGGAACUCAGAACAGAAGGCCAAAACGUGCGAUUAGAGGCUGCUGCUCCUGCUGGGGCGAGCCGGAGGAGAUGACCGAGCUUCCUGAGGGAGGGCUGUGUGUCGAGAUAUCAAAAUAA